AUGACGACGACGGCGUUCUCGGGCGCGCAGCGCGGGCGCGCCACGUCGCUGUACCGCUCGCUGCUGCGUACAUCGCGCCAGCUGUUUGGUGAGGACAUGCGCGCUGUACAAGCGGCGCAUGCCGAGACGCGCCGCCGUUUCCUGGAGGCGAGGCUCGAGCAGGACCCGGCGAAAAUCGACGAGGGCCUCGAGAUGGGCGAGCAAGUCCACUACCUGCUCAAGCACAAUGUCGUGCAGGGCGUUCCAAAAGACGGCGCAGACAACACCUACAAACUGCGGUUCACCGAGCACACGGAGCUCGGCUCCAACGAUACCAUUAAGCAGCCGCGGCCCGCGCCGACGCUAGCCGAGAUCGAGCGGACCAAGGGGGCCGCGCGUGCGCCGUGCGGUGGCAUCAGUGUGCGCUCGUUUAGCACGAGUGUGCGUGUGGGCGCCCGGUCGCCGGAGGGCCCCGAGGCGCCGCUGCCGCGCCCCGUUGCUCGGUUUCCCAACAUUGUGAUCCUGGCCGACGGCUCGUCGGUGCGCAUGACGACUACGUCUCCCCGCUACAUGACCAAGAUGACGCGGGACUAUACGAACCACCCGCUGUGGAACCCCAUGAUGGGCCGCCGCACGGAUGCGGGCGCCGACGACGACGCCGGCCGCCUCGGCCGCUUCCGCCGCCGCUUUGCCGAGGACGGCCCUGAGCAGGCGGCGCAGGUCGCCUUCGACGAGGGCGACUUUGACUGGAUGAGCGGUGGCCGCGAGGCGCGGCCAGGUGCGCCCAUCCAGACGAAGAAGGGCAAAGGCAAAAAGUAG